CCACCUCGUCCUUGUCCGCAGUUCAGGCUGGCAAAAAGGGGGCUGCGCUGCAGCAUCACGCUAACCGAUAUUGACUGGCUUAGCUGGUGGGUUCGCCCGCGGGCUCCCGAUCGGCGCUGUAAGCCAACCUGUGCUGGUGGCGCUCUCGCUCGCCUGCAAGUCAGGCUGGUAUCCAUUGCUCCCCGAGAGACGGCGGGUUUCCCAUUCUAGGUAGGAUAGCGCUGCACCCCAGGUGUGAGAGUUGUACUCCUCACGAUGCCUGCCCCGGCCUGGCGUCGCAUGUUAUUGUUGCUGUUGUCCCCUGCAAAGUGACGACGGGCUGCAGUUCAUUUAGCACUACACGUGGGAACCUGCUUUGUCUGGUCAAGCCGAUCCUAUCCUAGCGUGGCUUAGAAAAGCUUGAUUGGUGGUAUUUUUAAUUUUGGAAACAGUUUCACUUCAUUUUCUAUUGUGCGAAAUAUGGAGCAAGCCUUCACCGCGCGCCAAUAACCCUAUUUGCAUUAUCAAGUGAGGCAUUAACCCCAUGCGGCCGCCUAUAGCACGGCCGUGUAAGCCAAGCCGUACGCUGCACCGGCCGCGCAGAAGUAUAUGUAGCACGUAUGCGCAGCCUUGGAUCUGCCCUGCAGUUGGUUGAAAGCCGGUUCGGUAGGUUACUACGCGAAAAAGAUGAUUGUGAGUAAAAAGAGAGUUAUAUUGUCUGCUUUGGAAGAAGCAAAAUAUAUAUAGCGUGGGCCAGAUUAAGCCACACGACCCUAGACGUGGGACGCAAUGAAGGAAGCAGCCGUGCCAGCGUCAAUGGCGUAUGUAAUGUGCUGAGGAAGGAUGAGGAAGCCCUGGUUGCAAAUAUCAUCGCCAUCGUGGCAGAUGAUCUUAACCUUGUUCUGAUCAAUGUUGCUGACAGCUGUGUGGGACAUGGGAUCACCAAAGACAACAACAGCGCUGACCUUGCCCAUGUCCGAUCCGAGGUCGUUAGCGGCGUUGUGGACGGCGUAGCCACCCUGCGAGUAACCCGAUAGAACAAUCUUAGUCUUGGGGCAUGCAGCGAGUGUGCUCUUGACAAGGUUGGCCCUGUGGCAGUACCGUUAGCAAUGGUCACAAAUCGACUUUGCAUAUAUCGACUUACAUAGUUUGUCCAGCAGCGGAAUCAGCGUUCAGGUAACCAUCGACGCUAGCGGGAUAUGGUACGCCCUGGACGCUAAGGCUCUUCGAUCCAAGCGCAGCUUGAACGGCCUGGAAGACAGGCGGGCCAACAAGAGCACCAACGUUUCCUGGAUCACACGUGCCUCUGGCAAAGAUGAGGCUAACGUCGGAGCAGCCCUGGCGGUCCUGGUUGAUGGAAAGAUCAAAGUAAUCAGCGAGCAGCUUCUCGCCUUCACCCAGGGCACCGCAGAUGUCCUUGACAGCGACAUUGACAGGGAAGAUGCUGACAAUCUUGGCGAGGAAGGCAUUGAUGUCGAGGCUGCGGGCCUCAAUGUCCCUCUCCUCAACGGAUGUCGGGGCAGCGACAGCCAUCGCAGAGAGGAGAGCCGGAACGAAGAACUUGGCGAGCAUUUUGGGAGGCAAAAGAGGAAUAACAGAACUGAGAACAAGAAAGAGAACAGAAUGUACAGAAGAUGUUUGGAAGUUUAGGGCAAGUGCCUGUGCUGGAUCUGGCUUUGGAUAAAAGGAGCUCUCUGGGUCGAAUCUCAAGACAUCCGUUAACAAUAAGGAGGACUACGUCCCAUCUUUAUAGCUCUCUCAUCCGCGCUAAGUCGCACGACGCAUUCCACACGCAACGAACACCGAUUCCGAAGGACCCCUCGUCGUUUUCGGGGGCUAUACGAAACCGGGCCGUAUAUGCCCCUCUCGAAACACUUUACCCAACCCUCUCGGGCGACUCGGCACUUGGGUAGCGGUGCGGUGAGGCGAUGGUGCCACGCGGGGUUGAAGCUGCAAAGAAGGACGAUGAUAUCCGAAUUGGAAACUAUAUCCGGCGCUAGGCAGAGUGGGUGAAAAAAGGCUGGGGGCGAAACCCCAGACGCGGCUACGAAAUCAGCAUAGCAUGACCUGUGCGGUGAGACGGUGCCUACACAAGAGGCAGGCGCUUUGGCUUGCCUCUUGGCAAAGGGAUGAAUACUUGGUUUUUGUCCAUUCUUUUUGUCGGCGAAAGGAUCCGCGUAGCGCCGCUCGGAGCAUGAUCGUCGUUGGCUGGUGCGACGGUCUCGUGAUGGCUGUGGAUAUAUGUUGUAUUAGGGCCCAACUACAGUAAGACGGGGGGGCUUGUUACUGUAUGUGCACCAAAAGAUUAUUCGCUAUUUUACGCGCGUUUACCCAGCAGACAGACGAGAUUGGCGAUGGAAGCUAUUUUGCGCUAACCUACAUGGCACUACUACUCCUACAUCAAACUGCCAGCGCAACCAGCAAAAAACACAGCAAUGUAGAGGCUGUGAUCCUCUUAGUGCUAAGAUGGUACGCGUAUGGGAUAUCGGCAUAUUUUGUCGUUGUCUAGUGGUCAAUGCUUGGUGUCCCCGCAUAUUGAAAAUAUGAUCCUGGGCUUGCACUUAUUACCAAUCCUUCCCCGGAUUUGCGACUGCUCACCGUACCCAAGCAGAGCCUACCGUCUCACUACGGCAAAAAAAGCAGAAAGGAAUGAAACGACUUUAGCCGCUCCGGCGCUGGGCUUCUGUCGUAUGACGUGAACAGCUGCAGUUUUACGCUAUUAGCAUCCUUGCAUAUAGAGCCUCGGUAGUCGUGCGAUUUAGUAGGGCGCCACGCUGAAGCACAUGCUUUUCUUGGCCCUUUUUUUUGUCUACAGUAAUGUCGACUACAGCCAGCCAGCCUGCCGAUCUGCAAGCCUCGCUAGGUGCUCUCUGCAUCAAACAUGAUUUUCCUCCCGGCGCAGGGUUAGCCCGACAAACUAAUGCGGAUGGUUCGCGCGUGGGUUGUGGUAUAGCUCCUAGUACUGGAGGGACGCCACGUGGUGGGUAGUGGUUGUGACGCUCCAGCUGGGGUUUUGUUGAGAGUAUUAUCAUUCUUGCAGUGUGUGUUAUAGUUUGUCUAUCAUUGGGCUGUUGAGAUAACUUUUCAUUCUCUUGUCUCUCGGGGCCUGGCCCGACGUGCAGGAUUGACAGACUGGGCUAGUGCAGCCGCUCGUCCGAUGCAGUCUGUGGGGAGGGUUGCUGAUGGGAUCUAAUCAGCCGUACCUGGCUCCCUCGUCUUGGCGUAGCUCGGGGUUGUCUCACUGGCGGAUAUCGGCAUUCGCGAUGACAGACUGUCUGCCUACCUCAUACGUUGUAUAUCUGUGGCCAGCAAUACGUGCCUCUACUGUCUGCGCGGCUCGUCUUAUUCGAGUAUUUACUGUUACUGUACGACUGGGGUAACUGGCAGCGCGACAGGUACACUUUACCGAAAGGUAUGGAAGGCUGUGCAUGACUUCCGCGAGGGGGCGCAGAGGAGAGAACAGAAUGAGACACAGCCGAACACGUCGCAUGCAGGAACGGCAUCAGAGACGGGCCAAUCUGCCGCGUGAUAUUCGUUUCGUCUGAGGCCCGCCAGGGCAAUCGUCGUAGUUGUAUCUGCAUGUCUCUGUACCGCAAAACGCCACAAGUGAUCCGGCUGAUGGAUACACCUCGCCAUCAAUCCACAGAGCCUUGCAAUCAAGUCGAGACCAGUGGCAAGGUUACCUUGCAUGAUGCAACCUCUAUAUGCAAUGUUUCACAUUAACGACGCUUCUGCUAACACAAAAUUACACGAGCACCCAUGCUUAUACUGUUCUUAGCUACAUAUACCGAGGCUGGCUUCUUGUUUUGGCAACCUCUGUCUUCACAAGCUUCGAAUUCGAAAACCACAUGCUAUUUUGCAUCAUAUCUCACACAACGGUACUGAAGGACACAGCUUGAAUCCUUUCACACGACCUCUACCCACGGCGGGACAACCCGUUUACCAGCUCGGCCCCGCAUCAUAAUUCGCUGCUCAUAUGCAUACGCCAACCGAAUCAACUUGCUCUCUUGCCACUUGUUCCCCAGAAUCGACAAGCUUACAGGGAUCCCUGGUGCAGCAUUUACCACCUCACCCGGUUCGUCGAGCUUCACCUCUGUGGAUUCGGGAAAGAAUCCCAUGGGUACAGUAAAUACAGGGAGCCCUCAACGGAAAGUUUGCCACUAGGAUUAUGCUUCAGCUGAGCCAGAUAUUGUGGUAUAGUCGUAAAAACAUCGACAUGGACGCAGAAAUUAAGUGCUUCGGCGUUCGCAAACUCCAAUCCCGAAGCAAAAUUUGCGUCGACAACAACGCGCCAGCGUCCCGCGACUCGGCAAUCGCAGUGUCGACAACUGCCACCUCCGGUACCUCAAGAACACAAGGCCAUCCUUGAAGGACGUUCCGAGGAAGACUGAGACGCAUCAAAAUAGGGGUUUUACUAUCACAUGCUUGCACAUAGUUUGGGGUGUUGAGGACGGCCGAUGUGUAGUCGUCAUGCUUGUCCUUGUCUGCAAUAACUUGCAGAAGUGGUGCUGCGACACUGUUGGGCCUUUGCGAGCAAGAGGCCCAACAGUGUCUUGGUGCUCACUUAUAGGUACGACCAAAUGUCGAGACGCGAGGUCUACCGUAUGGUUGAUUCCCACAAGAUUGGCCUUGUAUGCUGGGCAGAUGAUAGAGCCUGGCGUCUCGGUGCCAAGUGUAGCCAGAGCAAGGCCCGGCUGAGCAACCACGCCGCUGGUACUGGAACUGCCUCCAGUAUUGUGCCUUUUGUAAUACGCUCUAAGCAUCUGCCCACCGUGGAGAGAUCAUCUGUUAGUAAUAUUUGCAGAUUGUGCUUCUGCCCAUUCACCUAGGUUUGUCUUGCCAAGAAUGAUGGUACCUGCUUCGCGGAGCUUGCGGACUGAGAACUAACUACAUUCCAGAGGCAGGGGUUCUGUAUUUCAAAAUUGCUUUAUACAAUCCCAUCUUGUAUUUAUACUUAUCACUUAUCGAAUUAGCUACCCACUGUCCUUUUUAAGAUGAGCAACACGCAUAUAUCCCAAAUGGGACAUGACAGCAUUUUGGGGUAGUCCGUCACAACGGCUCAUUGCCCUUUUAGGCAACCCCGCUUCCUCCGCUCUUCCGGCCGCCAUAUGUCAAGAUCUCCCCUUAUACGUUUGAUGUUACUCUAAAGGCCGAAUUGGUGAAUGAAAUUGAUAGUCUCAUGCUAAACGAUUUGUACAAUAGGGAUAUCUCAGCAAUACACACCAUACUUCUACCUAACCCUGAGGCUACUUGAGUCUUGUCAGCUAUCAGAAACAUCCGCGGUAGGACACCCACUUGCAUGAUACGACUGACUCCUCCAAUGCCUAUAUUUUAUUCCCGAAUCCCCGAAAUAACCGGAAUCAUCACAUGAUUCAACUAAUCAAGCUCCUCCAUGCAUCCAGCUACCCCAUCUUCGGGUGCAUGGCAGCACUGCAGCUCCCUCAAGGUUGGGCGUUGUUUACCCCUCAUCUUCAAAUCCGGCUAUUGCCCACGGCCAAGGCUGCUUGUGCCACAUAUUGACUAUUUAAAAAGAAGGCAAUAGAGUCUCUCUUCAUAGAUUAUCAAAAUUCUAAGUGUCCUUCAAAUUAAUCAUCACUUCUACCAUUAAUUUAUUGAACACUCCACAAUGUCCAGUACCAAGAGAACCGCUAUUGUUACCGGCUCUGCCCGCGGAAUCGGCAAAGCCAUUGCCAUUCGCCUCGCCCAAGACGGCUACGAUGUUUGCAUUAACGACGUCGCCGCCAACCAGCAAGGCAUCGAUGAAACCGUCGCCGAAAUCAAAGCUCUCGGCCAUAAUAGCUACGGUCAUGUCGCCGAUGUAUCCAAGCGCGCUGAAGUACAAGCCCUAGUUGCCGCGUCUGUCGAGAACCUCGGGCCACUCAAUACCAUGGUCGCGAAUGCCGGCAUCGCGCAGGUAAAGAGCCUCCUUGAACUUACCGAAGAGGACUUUGAGCGCAUGUUCCAAGUCAAUGUCUUUGGGGUGCACAAUUGCUACGCAGAGGCCGCGAAGCAGAUGAUUGCCCAAGGCUCCGGUGGCAAGAUUAUCGGCGCAGCCUCCAUUGUCGCAUUCAAGCCAUUUCCUCUUCUCGCGCACUACUCAGCUAGUAAGUGGGCUGUCCGCGGUCUCACGCAGGCAUAUGCCAUGGAGAUGGCCGAUCACAAAAUCACCGUCAAUGCCUACGCGCCUGGGAUUGUUGGUACAGCCAUGUGGGAUCUCAUCGAUACGGAACUUGGCAAGAGGUCAGGCGCGCCCAAGGGAGAGACAAUCAAAAAGUUCACUGCGGAGCGGAUUGCACUGAAGCGCACCAGCGUGCCAGAGGAUGUCGCGAAGCUGGUGUCGUUCCUGGGCGGACCGGAUUCGGAUUACGUGACUGGUCAGACCAUGGUUGUGGAUGGCGGUAUUGUCUUCUCGUAGAAGAUCUUGACAUUUAUUUAUGGAAGAUUUAAUUUUGUCUCAAAAGCUUCGUCUGGUCCUGCCAAUUGUGCUUUCUGCUCUGUACUCUAUCAAAGUUGGGCGGCACACCGCAGCUCUAUUCAUAGACGAAACUUUGCCAGGCUCUGUAAUCUCUUUCUUUUCCUUUUUAUGCCAAAGAUAUUUUGGAUUGCUCGCUUAUUCUGCAAUUCCAAAGUCACUCUUUUUUUUUGUUUUUAGCGUUGUUUUAGAUCGCUUAUACCCUCGCCUGCUAUGCCUGCUAUGGGCAAGACUACUGUAACCCGGCUAGAAACAUGCAUGUUUUUGCGCUGCACCUAGGAGGACCCGGAGGGGUUCAACUUGCUAGAGCGAAAGUUUUGGAUUCUAGGUAUUGGAAAUAUCGGUGAUGUGCUUCCGGCGGUGUUCCUCCCGCUCGAGAAUGCGGUAUAGCUAUUGGCGUACAAAAGAGUAGAAGAGCCUACUCUUGAAGUACACGGUUCUAUAGUGGUAUACCGAAUGCCUACGAUAUGCAUACCAAUGGAAUCGUAUGAGUAGUCCAAUUGCUAUAUUAGUAAACCAUAGCCAUGAGUGGAAUCGGACCCGAGGUCGAAUAGACUAUACCGGGAUCGCCAGUGAGAAAGGCGACGCUAAGGUUACAUUGGGAGAAACACGGAGCUACCCCGCUAUCAAAGAACUGUCGAGACUUGUCGCUGAGAGCCCGUAGUUAAUUAUAACGUGUACAUCUUUCACAAAUCCCAU